AUGCUUAACACUAGGCCAGUACCGAUUCUCAGUGUUUAUGAAACUGAUGCUGUUGAACGCGAGUACGAUCUCGGUCGAAAGCGUUUAACCUGUCCCCAUGGCAACACGAAAAGUCGCUUUCGUAGACGAGGCAAUUCCGACGCUCAUCCUAAACCACCUGUCUUUUAUUGUAUGGAAUCAAGAGCACAUCAGCUAAACGGUUCCCAGCAGAUGGAUGCUAGUCAUGACGACGUACCUCUGACGCAACCCAGUACACUGGUCAUGCCCGAGAACUUGCUCCAGUUCGUACAUGACAUGCACAAGCAACAACAGGAAUACGCUGCAAUGCUUCAAAGAUUGUUUAGUCUUCAGCAAAAGCUGGAAGAUGCUCAGUACGAAAUUGAGCAACUCCGCAGAGAAUGCCGCCCUAAAACAGCAGUUGCUUCCCAAUGGCCAUCUUUGACCAGUAGUCAAUCCAAUGCAACACUAAUCCGUCGAGUCAAUCCUGUCCGUUUGGCUCAACGUCAAACGGCUGCCGCUCGUCAAUUUCAACCUUCCUCUGAUAUUCAAGGAUUUUGUUUCAGAGAUUAUGAACAUAGUGACUCUGUUAUUAUUGAUGGCCCUCAUAAAGUGACGGUUAGAGCUGAGAAAUACAUUGGUAUUGGCAUUUGA